AUGCCAGAAUUUCAAAGGCAAGUUGCAGUGCCCAGUGUGGUUAAAUUCACGACAACGAUUACGACCCUUGCCGAGAUUCAUCGCGAUGUUGAGCUGAAGAAAUUCAUUAUGGAGACCCUGACACGCCUCGUUGUUCUGUAUCCCACAACCCAUAAAGGGUUGCAGGGAGCUCUCUCAUCUCUUUCUCUGCGAUACUUGAGUGGAUCUGCUGUUGAUCCUCUAAAUAUUGAAUUCGUCAAAGCGGCUGCCAGAUUAUACGCGGCCCUUCCUGUCACAGGAGGGAAGGUUGGAGCAGAUGGAGAUCCUCAGGUCGCUGUCCCUCUCAAUCUCGAUAGACUGCGUUGUGCCAUCGCUGCCCUUUGCAGCCUUCUGAGCGCCCCAGUGCAAAGGCCCAUCCAAAUUCCCCUCGGCAGUGUUGUAAAGUUCGUAACGGCUUUGAUAAGCUGCUCUGAAGAAGGUAAAGUAGAUGGUUUCAUCGACCCAUUCACUCGUUCGAUGGAAGUGGCCGUUGUACUGGACAUACACAUGGCUGGUUCUGACCUCUUAGGACUCCUGGCAGAACAAUUCCCCUCUCGCCUUAACGCCCACCUACCCAAACUACUGACGACGUUGUGCUACUUUGUUCUGACAUAUCUCAAAAUGGAUUCCUCGGUUCUCCCAACACGGAUAGCGAAAGCGGUUCUACCCACGAUCACCAAGAUCAUUUUAACGACUUCGCAGCAGGCCUCUGGCUCAAACGAAGGGCCAUCUAACACGAUAAGACACGGGAAAAAAAGAACAAGAAACUUUGAAGGAGAUGAAGUCUUCAAGGUGUCUCGUGAAGUUGUUUGCCCUACCUCCAUCGAUGGAGAGCUUCUUUUGGCCUCUAUUGAUGUUGUUCAAAUGCUCUUCAAAAAUAUCAAUAUAUCGUCUGCUAUGAAAUCGAUAGUAGCUCGUGUUAUCAUUUCCAUCCUCAUAUCGCUACCCAAGAUGCCUCCUUCCUCAAUUUCUCAAGAUCCCAACUUCGUCCAAGAGUUAAACUCGAAAAUUCAAGACUUCGCUGUUCUUAUUGCCUCUGGAACAACAAGUGCUAUGAGCAAGGCCUUGCCGUUUAUCGUGGAGGCAACUUUCACAAGCAGCAGGAAAGAGCUUCAAAGCGCUGUCGAAUUACUUCUACACCCUCGAGUGCCACCUCUCGUUCGCGCAAUGCCGCAUCUGGAGUCGCUGUCGCUGCUCAAAGGAGAGGAAUCACACCAAGAGGGAGAAUUACUGUCAUCAUUGGCAAUGCAGGCUCAAGAAACAAAUUUGACAGAAGAUGUGACAAUGAAAGACAACAGCGUGGUCCAUGUCGCAGGCAAUUCUCUGGCAGUGAGGACACCCGAGCCUGCUGUAACACUGCCCACCCAAAUGCCCACAACAGUACCAACUACACUACCGGGUCUACUGCCGCCACCAUCACCUCCAGCUCCAAUCGUCGAAGUACCUCCUCUGGCCUCCACCAUGCAGGCUGUGCUCGUCCAAAAUACCGUCCCAAAACCAAAUGCUGUAAAGUCCACUACUCAGCUUACGGCGCUAUCUGGAAGUACCAGCGAAUCAAAUCGUGUGGUGGCGGUGGACGAAACAAUGUUGGUCAUAUCCCGAGAGGAAGAUGGUGAUAAAGAGGAGAUGCCGUCCAUAGACAUGGACUCUGAUUCCGAGGUUGAGGAGGAGUGA